AGAAGAGGGAGGGCGGGGGAGGGAGAGGCGACCCGGGAGUCGUUGUGGGCCGCGGGCCGGACCGGGUCCCGGGGACGGUGGGAACCCGGGCUGGGCGGAAGGGCUCGGCGGGCCGUUGGCGGGCCGCUGCGGCGGCCCGGUCCCCUCCCUUGCCGGACUUGCGCGCCCCGGCGUCCGGAGCCUCCGGCGCUGUGCCCACCCCGCUCCAGCUCGCGUCUCCCGACUCCAAUUAGGUCAGGCUCGGAGUCCCGCGGCCGCGGCUCCGGCCCCCAACGCGCGGCGGCCACUCGGGCUCGCCUUUCUUUCUUCCCUCGCCUUCCUCUUCUCUUCCCUCACCCUCCCCCAUCCCUUUCACGUUGCUGGGGUUUUGUGUGUUGUUUUUCAUUUUUUUUUUUUUAUAAAUUUUAUGCUUUAGGGGUUUUGUUUCUCCGCCCGACCUCAUGGGUGUACAUUAUCAUGCUCCUCUUUUGUAGAGCAUCCCGACGGCCAUGGAGGCCGAAGAGACGAUGGAAUGCCUUCAGGAGUUCCCUGAACAUCAUAAAAUGAUCCUGGACCGAUUGAAUGAACAGCGAGAGCAGGACCGCUUUACUGACAUCACCCUGAUUGUCGACGGACACCAUUUUAAGGCUCACAAGGCUGUUUUGGCUGCUUGCAGUAAGUUCUUCUACAAAUUCUUUCAGGAGUUUACUCAGGAACCUUUGGUGGAGAUAGAAGGUGUUAGUAAAAUGGCCUUUCGUCAUUUAAUUGAGUUCACUUAUACAGCAAAAUUAAUGAUACAAGGAGAAGAGGAAGCCAAUGAUGUGUGGAAAGCAGCAGAGUUUCUACAAAUGCUGGAAGCUAUCAAAGCCCUUGAAGUCAGAAACAAAGAAAAUUCAGCUCCAUUAGAGGAGAAUACCACAGGAAAAAGUGAGGCCAAAAAAAGGAAGAUUGCAGAAACUUCAAAUGUUAUCACUGAGUCAUUGCCGUCUGCAGAAUCAGAACCUGUUGAAAUCGAGGUGGAGAUUGCCGAGGGCACGAUCGAGGUGGAAGAUGAAGGCAUCGAAACGUUAGAGGAAGUGGCUUCUGCUAAGCAGUCCAUAAAAUACAUACAGAGCACAGCUUCCUCUGAUGAUUCCGCUCUAGCACUGUUGGCAGACAUUACCAGCAAGUACCGUCAAGGUGAUAGGAAAGGACAGAUUAAAGAAGACGGCUGUGCAUCUGACCCCAUAAGCAAACAGGUAGAAGGUAUUGAAAUUGUGGAACUUCAGCUGUCACAUGUGAAGGACUUAUUCCAUUGUGAGAAAUGUAACCGUUCAUUUAAAUUGUUUUACCAUUUUAAGGAACACAUGAAAUCACACUCCACUGAGAGUUUCAAGUGUGAAAUAUGCAAUAAAAGGUAUCUUCGGGAGAGCGCAUGGAAACAGCACCUAAAUUGUUACCACCUUGAAGAAGGUGGAGUCAGUAAGAAGCAAAGAACUGGGAAAAAAAUUCACAUUUGUCAGUACUGUGAGAAACAGUUUGACCACUUUGGACAUUUUAAAGAGCAUCUUCGAAAACAUACAGGGGAAAAACCUUUUGAAUGUCCAAAUUGUCAUGAACGAUUUGCUAGAAAUAGCACCCUCAAAUGUCACCUCACUGCCUGCCAAACUGGAGUGGGGGCAAAAAAGGGAAGAAAGAAGCUUUAUGAGUGCCAGGUCUGUAACAGUGUAUUUAACAGCUGGGACCAGUUCAAAGAUCAUUUGGUAAUACACACUGGAGAUAAACCCAACCAUUGUACUUUAUGUGACUUGUGGUUCAUGCAAGGAAAUGAGUUAAGGAGACAUCUCAGUGAUGCUCACAAUAUUUCAGAGCGUCUAGUAACUGAAGAAGUCCUUUCCGUGGAAACACGCGUGCAAACUGAACCUGUGACAUCAAUGACUAUUAUAGAACAAGUUGGGAAGGUGCAUGUGCUGCCAUUGCUUCAGGUCCAGGUGGAUUCAGCACAAGUGACUGUGGAACAAGUCCAUCCAGAUUUGCUCCAGGAUGGCCAAGUGCACGAUUCACAUAUCAGUGAGCUUCCGGAGCAGGUCCAAGUGAGUUAUCUAGAAGUAGGCCGGAUUCAGACUGAAGAAGGUACUGAAGUACACGUGGAGGAGCUGCAUGUUGAACGGGUAAAUCAGAUGCCAAUGGAAGUACAAACUGAACUUCUGGAAGCAGACUUGGAUCACGUAGCCCCUGAAAUCAUGAACCAAGAGAGCGAGCCUAGCCACCCAGAUACUGCCGAGGCUGCCAGGGAUCACGAAGAUGCUGAGAGUUUAGAGACCAAAACAGCAGUGGAUUCCCAAGCCGAAAACACAGGGAAUGAAGACAGAACAGCUAUGCCAGUUUUAGAAUGAAAUAGCAAAUGAAUAUAUUUUUAAAUUUACAUGUUGGGCUUUUGAACUGAUAUAUGGGCAGUGUGACUGUCCUGAAGCUAACAGACAAGUGGACCAAAGUUAAUCUGUUUCUUGUUGUGCUGAGCUGUUUCUGUCGAAACAGACUGAUUCUGAUUCUUUUUCUCCCACUUAAUGCCACAAAGGGGGGAUCUUUCCCAUAAAUGAAGGGGAGCUUUGAGAAGUAUAUUUCUGGAAACUUAAAUGGGUUAUAUUCUUAUUAUAUAGUUGGGUACGAAUGUAUCUAUUUUCAUUGUGGUAAGGGUUCUCCCUUUUCUCCAGGUCAUGUCCUUCAAGUUUCUCCCAUAUUGUAAAAUCAUUAGAAUACAAGUCUCUGUAUUCUAAUGCAUGUUAGAAAACAAUGUAUAGGAAGCAAGGCUGCAUGAAGAAAAGUGCAUUGUUACUGUGCAGUUAAAUUUUGGCUCUGGCUUUCUUUACUUUGAACAACAUUCUUGUCUACCCCGCUAGCUACAGAUGCCAUCUCUGCAACAGAAACAGAAUGGUGGUGGCAAAACUUCUGGAAUGUAAAAAAAAUCCACACCCAUGUGCCUUUCAAAACCAACUAAACUUACAUAAAGCAUCUCUGGUUCUUUCAAAGUUUGUGUUGUAAGAAGCAGUGUAGGUGUUGCUGUAGCACUUCAUAUUUUUGCUUAUAAUGACAACCACCAAUUCUUUCUCAUUUAAGUUAGGUUCAGAAAUUGCAUUUAUUGGCAGCUGAAGGGCCAUUUCAAUUGGAAAAUUUGUUUACAUCUGUGGUAAACUUUAUUUUGAUGAAAAGUUGCACUAGUAUUUUACCACCAGAUGAAAAACAGAUGGACAUCCUUUAAAAAUUAAUGUAUUUAAAAUACAGAGAAAAACGUGUAUAUAAUAUAUCAGGCUUUGUUUUGAAUGGAAUCUUUUUUUUUUUUCCCAAUCCUUAAUGUAAAGAUCUUGUGCUAUAACUUUUGAAGCCAUACAAAUAAGAGUGCUAAACUGUGGACUUAAAAGUAGGUGUGUAAAUAUUUUUAAUCAGUAUUACUUGGAAAAUAAAAUAUAACAACCAUAUAAAAAUAAACCAAUAUGCUAUUUUCUUUACCUGUUAAAUACUGGGAGAUAUUUACCUUUUUAAAGUAAACUUUAAAAUUAUG